AUGUCGAGGGCGAAGAGAAUCAUGAAGGAGAUGCAGGCGGUGAAGGAUGAUCCCGAGGCGCACAUCACGUUGGAGUUUGUGAACGAGUCAGACAUACACCACUUGAAGGGCACAUUCCAGGGCCCGCCCGAGACACCAUACGAUAGGGGCCAGUUUGUAGUGGACAUCGAGGUCCCCAUGGAGUACCCGUUCAAGCCACCGAAGAUGAAGUUCGACACGAAGGUGUACCACCCAAACGUGUCCUCUGUGACUGGGGCGAUCUGUCUUGACAUCUUGAAGAACGCGUGGUCGCCCGUGAUCACUUUGAAGUCUGCACUGAUAUCGCUGCAGGCGCUACUGCAGUCCCCGGAGCCCAACGACCCGCAGGACGCAGAGGUGGCACAGCACUACUUGAAGGACCGGGAGUCCUUCAACAAGACAGCCGCGCUGUGGACAAAACUGUACGCCUCCUCCGGGGUCGCCGCGAACGGCAGCGUGGAGGAAUCCGAACUGUACGGCAUCGACGCAGACAUCGUGCAAGAGUUCGAGAGCCAAGGGUUUGCCAAGGACAAGAUCAUCGAGGUGUUGCGCAGACUCGGGAUCAAGAAACUAGACCCGAACGACAACAACAGCGUCAACCGUGUCCUCGAGGAGUUGCUGAAGUAA